AUGGCCUCCAAAACCCCAACGCAGCUCCGAGUCGGAGUCCUCUUGACGCAAGCAGUUCAACUCCUCGAUUUAGCGGCUGUUGACCUCCUUGGGAUGAUGUCAAAGGACUAUAUUGCGGGAAUAGGCGUUCUUCCAGCAGAAAUAGCCAGCCUCGGACUGCCUGUUGAAAUCCAUUACAUUGGCAUAAAGCCCAACUGUGCUGGCACUUAUAUCCAAUGCACCGCCGAGAUUGGCAUUAGGCUCACUGCCUCAGUCCACGAUGCGUCUGUCUCAGCAGGAAACUUGGAUAUCUUAGUGAUCCCUGGGCCGGACCUGAAGUACAUCCCUGACGAGUCUGUCUCGGCAUAUGUUAGGGCGCAUAACGAUGCUGGAAAUGUGAUUUUGGCGAUCUGCACCGGAUGCUAUAUUGCUGGGUAUGCUGGUAUUUUGGACCAAAAGAACGUUACAGGGCCGAAGGGUUUGAUAUCCGAUCUACAAGUGAAGUUUCCUGCAGUGAAGAAAUGGGACAAUACACGAAGAGUUGUCAAAGAUGGGAAUAUCUGGACAAGUGCUACUAAAGGCGCGGUGACGAAUGGCAACGACCUUGUGGCUGCCUAUCUUCGAGAAAAUUGCCCGCUGCCAUUGGUGAAUGCUAUUCUGGCUAUAGCCGAUGUGGGAGAGCGGAAGCUUGAGUAUGAAGCAAAUUGA